GCCCCGAUGGGCUGUGUGAUACAGCAGAUACAGUUCAACAUUACUUCUUAUGUGUCAGAAAAAUAGUGCAUGGGAGGAACUGUCAGAUUUAUGGAUUUCUGCUUUUUUCUAUUAAGUCACUGAAAUCAUAAUUACAUAUUGCUGCUUUGACCAGUGGAGGGCAGUACCGUUAGCUAAUACGCGUAGGAUCUAACGUUAUACUGAGAAGAUAUUUAACCAGCAAUGUUAAGACGCUUGCUAUGGAGGGUAUGCAAUACUACGGUGUAUGUGAGGCCUUUAUAUCACCGGUGUGGAGUUUGUAAGAAUCCAACUGAGGAUGUCCUGACGUCGGCACAGACUUUGACCGGGCGCCGCUGGACACACGGAAAGCCUCUGCCUAAAGAACAAAAUGUCGUCAAUUCAAAGGUUCCGCAAGCACCAACAUGGGAACCUGCGUCAGAGCACCAGCUACCUCCACCCACACAAGUGCCCACAGACUUGGUGGACAAACUGGAACGCCUGGCCUUAGUGGACUUCAGAAACCAGGAUGCGGUUGCCUGCCUGGAGAAAGCCAUCCGAUUCGCUGACCAGCUCCAUGUAGUCAACACAGACGGGGUUGAACCAAUGGAUUCAGUUCUUGAGGACAGAGCCCUGUACCUGAGAGACGACCGGGUGGAAGAGGGCAACUGCGCUGAACAGCUGCUUCAGCUCUCCAAGCACACCAUGGAGGAGUACUUUCUCGCACCGCCAGGUAACAUCCCGCUUCCAGAGAGAGGAGAGAGAGCUACAAUGGUGAGAGACACCAAAAACCAGUCUGAGGAAACGGUGUGAAAAAUGUUUGUGUAAGGUCAACAAUCAACUCCAGACAGUGGGGCAUCACUUGAAUGCCUUAGGUCUCCUGUAACCGGAUACUGAGAGCCACCUGGACACAGGCAAUUAAGUCUUUAGUGACAACUCGAAGCCAUUCCUGGGAAAUUAAAUCCACCAUUAUUCCAGGAUGCAUGUACCAGCAAAAUAUUAUUGGCACUUUUGGAGAGGCACUGUCCAUUCUGCUUGGGAAGUUCCGAUGCAAUUGAAACUCCUUAACGUUGGUGAUACUUCCAGGAAAGAGGCAGAAAUUCCAAUAGAAUUCACAAUUCAGGUAGUGCCCAGAUGGGAUACAGAACCGUUUUUUAUUUCCUUUGCAUCAUGAUGCAUUUAAAAACAUGUUAACUACUGUACCGCUUGUUUUCUGUGCAAGUACUACAGAAGCAUGUGUGUGCACAUGGCAGUGCAUAUCACUGCUGAUCUUUGGGAUGACUUAUGUGUUGGCGUUUGGGAAUGACUGGUGUAAUUGUUUACGUAUGAAAAUAAAAGAAGAAAAGUUA